AUGGACAACGUGCUGAAGGCUCCUUUCUCAAAGUCUGGAUACUACAGAGAUUCUUUUACUGUGAAGUCCGCGCACUUAUUAUUUUGGACUGUAAUUUUCUGCGUGUCGUUUGGUACCGGAUGGUACUUCCUGCAUUACACCUGGUCUGGAACUUUAAACAAGCCCUUCAUAGUCACGACGGAGACUUCGGAAUACCCCAUAGGCCAAAUAGACUUCCCAGCUAUAGCCGUGUGCAACAUCAACAGAAUCAGCAAGAAGGCUUUAAGUAAAUUCGCUGCUGAAGUGUACCCGGAAUUAGCUGAAAAGGAGUCUUUAGAAGAGGUGGAAAACAUGUUACUCAACUUGGGACGUCUGAUAGACUAUUCGUAUAACGAAUCAGUAAGGAACCACCCAGUUUUCGUUAAAAUGAUACACAAGUUCCGAGGCAACACUAAGCAGAUUUUACCCGUCAUGAAAAAUCUGGCUCCAAGGUGUGAAGAUAUGCUGAUCAGGUGCGCGUGGGCAGGCGCGCUGGUGGACUGCGAGCAGGUCUUCUCGCUCCGACGAACCGCCAACCGAGGCUUCUGUUGCAUCUUCAACUACGUCGUCAAAUUUAAAAAUUCGGAUUUUAUACAAUCUGAAAUAAAGAGACAGUCAGUGCCAGGUUUCAUUCAUGGAUUACACAUUCUACUGGAUCCCAUGCUAGACGAUUAUGCGUACCCGUUAAAAAGUAUACAAGGAUUUGAUAUUUUGAUAUUCGAUCCCAUCCAUUAUGCCGAUCCAAACGCUGGUCGGGUGAUCCACCGGAUGUCGGAACCAAAUAAAGCCUUAUCCCUAGAACUGAAGUCCUCAAAACAACUGUCUACUUAUGAAGUGAGAAAAUAUGCCGCGAAAACGAGAAAGUGUUAUUUCAAUGAUGAAAUAUCAAAAGACUACACGGUGUAUUCUUAUAGUGCCUGCAUAGUGUUUUGUCGGAUUGCAACCAUCAACUCUCUUUGUAAAUGCACUCCUUUCUUUUAUGCACCCGUCGAUAAUUUCCAAACAUGCACUUUGGAGGACUUACGAUGCUUGAACAAAUAUAAAGAAAAACUCCUGUACCUAUAUCCAUUUGACGCGAUAGACACAAGAGGCCUGGAGACCGAGAUAACAGAUUCUCUCAUUUGCGACAAGUGUCUCCCGGACUGCGAGAUCACACAACAUAGGACCAAAUCUUACGAAGUAGACAUGCAAAGUCUAGACAAGGAGAAAGAUUUGAGGUUUUUAUUUUUCGACAACGUGAAUCUGAAUAACAAGAGUCUGCUGAGUAUAUUUCAGCCUACCCACGACGCUACUUUGGUCCGACUAGACGUCGUGUACUAUUGGUACGAAAUACUGAGUAACGUCGGCGGGUUCUGCGGAAUCGUCAUCGGUUUUACUUUUGUGUGCAUCACUGAAAUUGUGUACUUCUUCACCGUUCGUUUCGUACGACAUUUCUGUGUCAAUUAUAAUAAAUACCAUUAGAUGUGUUAUCGCUACGAAUUUCUAAAUCUGCACCAAUUUCACCAUUAGAUAGAAAUGUCUCUUUAUUACUAACGACACAUUAUAAACAUCAAUUAACCUUGAAACUAGCCUGUUAAUGCACUACUUUAUUAUUAUAAUUACAC